AUGGAGUGCUCCUUCGGUAUCACAGGCAAGGGUUACACGAUCAUCGCUUCGGACUCGAACGCCGCCCGUUCCAUCGUCAAGAUGAAGUCCGACGUCGACAAGCAAAAGGUGCUCAGCGAUCACCUCGUCAUGACAUUCUCGGGAGAGCCAGGUGACACUCUUCAGUUCUCCGAGUGGAUCGAGCGCAACAGCAGACUAUACAGCAUCAGGAACCACGUCGAAUUGAGACCAAAGUCCGCAGCAUCAUGGAUUCGCAAGGAGCUCGCCGAGUCACUGCGAUCCAGGAACGCUUAUCAAGUCAACCUCCUCCUUGGCGGCUUCGACUUACCCAGCUCCGAACCGGCAUUGUACUGGAUUGACUACCUUGGAACGCUAGCCACUGUUCCCUUCGCAGCGCAUGGCUACGGUGCAUUCUUUGCCAUGUCGACGCUAGAUCGAUAUCACCGUCCCGAUAUGUCACUCGAGGAGGGUCUGGACUUGUUGCGCCGCUGCAUCAACGAGCUAAAGCAGCGUUUCAUUGUCGAUCUCGGCACUUUCACCAUUCGUGUCGUUGAUCGCGAGGGCGCUCGCACUGUUGAGCUCUGA